AAGCGUGACAGACAGAGAAGAGGCAGGAGGAAGGAGGAAGGAGAUGGCGUCGAUCCUGAGAGGAGCCCUGAAGGGCAUCAAAGAGCGAGGCCUCGGCAACUUCCUUCGCGACCUCAAGGAUGAAGGCUACCUGAAGUGCCUCGCAGAUGGGAACCUUCUGCAAACCAAAAUCCACAAUAUAGGAGCCACGCUUGUGGGCGUUGACAAAUUCGGGAACAAGUACUAUGAGAGGCUUGGAGAGACUCAGCAUGGAAGACAUAGGUGGGUUGAGUAUGCAGAGAAGGGUCGCUACAAUGCUUCCCAGGUGCCAGCCGAAUGGCACGGAUGGCUCCACCAUGUAACCGAUCACACAGGAGAUGAGCUUUUAAUGCUAAAACCAAAGAGGUAUGGGGUGGAACACAAGGAGAAUCUCUCGGGAGAGGGAGAAGCGUAUAUCUAUCAUUCCAAGGGACAUGCGCUGAAUCCAGGGCAGAGAGACUGGACCAGAUACGGGUCCUGGGAACCUGCCAAGACGGACUCCCAGUAGAUAUGAUGACAAUCAUCUGGACGUUCAGCUCCUGCAUCGGCGAAUAAAAGUUGUUGAAUUUCUUCAAACAGUGAUACUAGUUGCAUGUUCGACUGUCAGAAUGACGUUUUUGAGCGUUUGUUCCUUGUAUUCUGAGAUUAAGGAGAUGAAUUGAGAAGGUUGUUGCAUUUCGAA